CCUCCCGGAGGUGAACUCAUUGUUGGACCAAAUAUCGCCUAUAGACAAGGGAUUCCAAUCCUCACAUGGCAAUCAAGAGAAAAUGCUGACGAUCAGAUUGACAAUUUCGUUCUUGAAUGGAAAGCAACUACUGAAAGGGAAUGGAGACAGCACAGAAAUCCCAUCCCGUUCUCGGGCUGGCAGCGACCAUAUACCAUCGAUCUUGGCGAGCUUCCAAAGGGACAUACCUAUCAGGUACGCGUGGUCGUCAAAGACAGGAACCACAAUGUCGCUUUCACAUCACCAGUUGUUCAAGUCCAGACGCAGUCUGCUUGCCAACCUCCAAGACGAGCUCCUACCAACCUCCAGGUGUCACCUAUCGGUCCCACACAGAUCAGACUCACUUGGGCUCCACUACACGAGGCUGAAUGGAACUGCGAUCGCAUCUGGUAUAUUGUCAAAUAUAGCACGCCAAGGAAUCAGGGUUUCAAAAAUCUAACCCAAGGAGAGAAUUCUGUCGUGUUCGAAUCGGAUCCUUACACCAAGUGGAGCUUCGAAGUCCAGGCGGCCAACCCAGCUGGAGAAACUCAGUGGUCCCGCACGGAGACCGCUCAGACUCAGGAUGCCUCACCUGGCCCUGUGGUCGACCUACGAGUGCAGCCAGUUGGACCUGAUCGGCUGCAAAUUCCCAAAUGGGAGAGCACCAGAAUGAUCUGCGUUUCUCCAUGGAAUUUUGCCCGUUUCAGAGGUAUGUGUGACCAGCAGCAGGAUGCGCCAAGGACCUUGUCUGUCACUUCGCCUAAUCACGUAAUCACUGGCCUUCAUCCCCAUUCGCGCUACCGGGUUGGCGUUGCAGCGAAGACGACAAUCGCUGGUGAACGUGUCUCGCAAGAAGUGCAGACCGAACAGUCAGUACCGUCUGCCCCGCCUGUCUACCUAAGAGUUGAAGAAGUCAGAGAAACGGACGCCAGCGUAAGCUGGCAAGCUCCACCUUGUCUACAGACCAAUGGCGAGAUCACAGAGUACGAAUACGAGGUGACACCCGCUGAUCGACGAGCUGCUCCUCAAAGAAUUGCCAAUAAUGUUCGUGGAACCAGAGCUCAGAUUACUGGUCUCCAGCCUUUCACCAGAUACAACAUCAAGGUUCGCGCGUUCACAAGCCGCGGUCCUGGCCCGUGGUCCUCAGAUGUUCCAUUCCAAACUGCAGCUGCCCAGACUGUCACUGCUCCACCAUUCGUGAGGGUCAUCAAUACAGGUGCAGACAAUGCCCAUGUGGUCUGGCAGUCCCCCCAUCCGCAGACUGGUUACAUCGAUAAGUACAAGUGCAGGAACGACAAUUCCCAGCUACCAGCCCUUGCCAAGCGAGAAUCCUGGAGAGUCAACAGUUGCCGACGCCUCCGCCAGGGACGAGGAUGCAUUGCGGACGAAUUGACAAUUUGCAGCCAGAGCAGACGUACGACUUCCAGAAUCGAUAACCUCCGUCCUCGUACUCAAUACAAUGUCACUGUACAAGCUGCCACCAACAAGGAGCUAUGCGGGGGCACACAGGUGACUAUGUGGACGGACGCAGCCCCAUUGACAGCUUUGGCUGGUGCACCACGGGUUAUCGCAGAAGAAGCCACGUCCGUUACCAUCGAAUGGGACAGCAGAAAUCGUGAAGCUGGAAGCUUCAUCGUGGAGUAUAAACUUGAAGGAAGCGCUUGGCAACAGCAUCCGCGCCGCAUUCCUGCACAUCCUGCACAGACGACAUACACGGCUACCGUUGACGGUCUCCCUACCAACAAUGUGGUUGACCUUCGUGUUCGGGUCGUGUCACCGCAGAACGAGCAGUCCAAUCCGUCGCCGGAAGUCCGUGCUCGUACCAAGUGUAGUCCUCCUCCUAACCCACCACAGGUCUCGUGGUCUCGUCCAGCCAAGGACACUUGGAUGUGCGACCAGAUGAAUGUUGAGAUCAGCUAUCGAAUUGGAAAUGAGCCUGAGAAGGUUGUUUCACUGGGACCAGCUCGUGCUUCUUUCCUGCUCUAUGUACAUCUUCCAGAUUCUGCCCGUGCCAGGAGAUCAGACCGAGUACACCUUCCCAGCGGAGCCCAAUCCAACGUUGGUCGCUGGUCAUCCGAACAGACAGUGACCACCCGCCAAGGAGCUCCUGGAGCAGUGCGUGAUCUCAGGGUCAAGGCACUGUCACCAAAUGAGGUCCAUGUACAGUGGCUGGCACCGCUCGUUCAGCGAGGCACUAUCGUUGGCUACGAUAUCAGCUACAGGUUGAAACAUCGUCUUGCUUGUCCAGAAGAAGAGCCUAGAGAUGUGUCACGCGAUUUUGUUACCGUCUACAAUCACAAGGAUCUUGACUACACCAUCACAGGACUGCUUACCGCCCCCCCCCCCCCCCCCCCCCGUAUCCCUCGUAUGAAAUGUGGUACAGAGUUUCUUGAUGAAGUCGUAUAG